AUGCCCCCAAGAGCCUCCUCCGUCCUGGUGCUGGCGCUACUAACGGCCUCGUUUUUAUACUUUGCGACGCACGUUCAAUGGCACGCCGUUCCCGCCCGGCAACUCCCUAGCUGGCGGCUUGGCAGCUUGGCGACCAGCAGCAGCAGCAGCAGCAACCUCAGCGUCAACCUGGUGCUGGCGACGCUCAAGGCCGACGACACAUCAUGGACGUCCCAGCUCGCCAUCCCCAACCUGCGCGUCAUCCGCUACGUCAGCGACGACCCGCGCGCGCAGUACCGCCCACCCGUGCCGCGCAAAGGCCGCGAGGCGCUCAUCUACCACACCUACUGGCACGACUUCUACGACGACCUGCCCGACCUCUCCAUCAUGGUGCACGCCGAGGCGCGGCCCUGGCACUUGGAGGGCGCGCUGCAGCAGUCCAUGGUGUUUGCGCUGUCGCGUCUCGACCUCGACCGCGCCCGCGCCCGCGGCUACGCCAACCUGCGCGUCAGCUGGGAGAAUGCGUGCCCCGCCUGGCUCGACACCACCAAGACACCCGACGAGGCCGACAAGCAGGAGGAGCCGUACAUGCGCGAGGCCUUUGCCGCAAACUUUGGCCCGCCGCUCGAGGUGCCGCGCAUCCUGGCCGGCCCGUGCUGCUCGCAGUUUGUCGUGACGCGCGAGGCUGUGCGGCAGCAUCCGCGCGCGCAGUAUAAGCGUAGUCGUGAUUGGCUGGUCGAGACGGAGCUGUCCGACUAUAUUGCCGGCCGCACGUGGGAGCACAUGUUUCCCUGGCUGUUUCGCGGCGCCGCCACAGACUGUCCGGGCGAGGCCCAGACGUACUGCGCCAUGUAUGGCGUCUGCUUCGAGAAGCCUGACGAGCCGGCCCGCUAUAAUAAGCUCUGGCAGGAGAAGAGGGACUUGAUGGAGGCGACCGAGGUGCUGCGGGAGUUGCUGAAUCCCCAGGAGGGCGUCAAGGCGAGGCAGCGCAUGGCCGAGAUUGAUGUCAUUUUGAAAGAGAACAUUACGGUGGCGUUGACGAGGGGCCAGGACGAAUCGACGAGGGCUGCAGCAUUUGCUACUCUGUUUGAUACUUGA